CACCGUCUAGUUUGUGCAAAAAUGAACUCCAAGAAUCCGGCGCUAUGCAAGUUUGAUAUAUUUAAAAAAGAAGAUGGCAAAAAUGGAGAUCAGAUUUGUGACCACUCUUGGGGUUGCUUUGACGCGAGCUCUAAAAGCGUAUAUUCGAGUGUUAACGUGAAAAGCGCCUCCUAUGGUGAUGGGGACAGUGGGCUAUCGAACCUAACUGAAGAACGUACUUCCGAAAGGCCAAACAAGCUGCCCUUUGGAUGGGAAGAGCGCAUAGCUCACAGUACCAAGGAGUGCUAUUUCUACGACACAAUUACCAGAAAGGUACACUUCACACUGCCUCCAAGCCACCACCGAGAAAAGGAUAGGAAUGCCUGGGGCGCCAUUCUUGGAGACUACUCUGACUUCAAUGACCAGCUCCGCUGCAGACACAUCCUGGUGAAGCACAGCGAAUCGGACAGGUGUAGUUCAUAUCGCGAACGGAUGGUAAGGAGAACUAAGCAGGAAGCGCUAAAUAAGAUCAUGCAUGCGAGGGAUCUAAUUCAAUCAGGCAAAUUUGAGUUUGCUGAAUUGGCAAAUAUGAUCUCCGAUUGCUGCUCUGCCCGGCAUGGCGGUGACUUGGGCCCCUUGAGUCUUACACAAACGCCUUUCGUCUUUGAGAGAAACAUUUUGUUGCUGAAAGAUGGCGAACUAUCUGAGAUUUUUCAGACGAAAGCAGGUUAUCACAUCUUGUUGCGCACCCCGAUUAACUACAUUAAUUACAGCACAAAGAACAGACGCAGACGUCUUAAAAAAAUAUUUAUUGCAAACGAAAAAGCGAAGUCUAAAGCCCACCUAAAGAAAAACCAAUAUUUUUCCAAUUUGACGAAACAACAAAAAGCGUUCUUAUGCAAAAAACGGCAAUCACCAGUUUUCGAAAGUAUGUCUAGUUGUUCGGGUCGUGUGUUUUUUAAAGCUUCGUCCUCGACUUCUGUGUCUGAGGCACCGAAGGAGAGUAUCAAAUUCGCAAGACAUCAACUUAAUAUAAGAAAUCUAAUAGUUCACUCUCAAGUGGAUGAAACCUCGCGUCUAGGCCAAUAUAUAAAGGUAAUAGAAUCGAAAGAUAUAGGAAAGAGUGUAAUCAAACUUCAAAAUGUUUUUAUUAAAAACGAAAAGGGGAAAAAAACAGAAACUGAAAAACAGAAAAACUUGUAGAGCACUGUUAAUUGGAGCCCGAACAUUGCGCAAAUACACACAUGAAAUUACAUUAAGGGAAAGAAGCUCUGAUUAAAACCUGAAAUAAUAAAACAGAAAUAAUAAAAACGGAAAUUCUAAGGAAGUUUUUACUCAAGCUAAACAUCUGGCGAGCAUAUGAGUUUUCGUGCAGAUACAUUUUGUAUAUCCCCAUUCAUUGCCAUAUAUUUUUAGAAAUAUCUCGCGAUCCAGCCUCUUCUCUCGUAUCCCGAGUCACAAGGAGUCCUAACUUAAAGGCACAGCACCCACAUUCCUUUAAAUCCGCUAGCCCAACCACUCUUAUACGGCUGUUCCACUCAACGCGAAUCCUCUCCGGACGACAACACAGGAAGGGGUGCCCUGCACACGCGCACUCGCCAAAUCGCCAUUGGAAACUCACUCUCACAGAGAUACGGGCAUUAAAGACGGGUUCAAGUUAUAGGCUGUUGUCCAACCAAAUACAAAUCAAGGAAGCGGCUUGAGAAAAUGCACUUCACUGUAAGACAGGCGGCUUGCGAUCGUUACGCUCGCAUUCAGAGCUGUGGGCAAACUGAGUGGGCGAACCGCCGCGACUCGAACUCGGUGAACUCGAACUCGAGAGGCUCGAAAACUGCUCAACCCAGAGAGCCCAAUGAGAGCAGCGGGAAGAGAACUGACACUGAUACUGAUACAUGCUUUUUAUACCAUUUACAAAUCCAUAUACACAGCGAUGAAAAAUUUCUACGAGUAUGUGCCUCCUUUUUUGCCGACUGCAGAAAUGUAUGAGGAGUAU